AAAUACUUGCUGAAUAGAGGAGUCAGAGGCCAAUAAAACACGUGAACAUCAUUUGACUUAUUAGCCUGUUGCUGAUGCUUAGUCACCAUGAGUGGGUUAGGAGAAAAUGCAUUGGACGCCCUGGCCCCUGAUUCACGAAAACGCAAGUUGCCAUGUGAUACACCUGGACAAGGUCUUACCUGCAGUGGUGAAAAGUGGCGACGGGAACAGGAGAGUAAAUAUAUUGAAGAAUUGGCUGAACUAAUAUCUGCGAAUCUUAGUGACAUUGACACUUUUAAUGUCAAACCAGAUAAAUGUGCAAUUUUAAAAGAAACAGUAAGACAGAUACGUCAAAUAAAAGAGCAAGGAAAAGCUAUUUCCAAUGAUGAUGAUGUUCAGAAAGCAGAUGUAUCUUCCACAGGACAAGGAGUUAUCGAUAAAGAUUCCCUGGGACCACUUUUACUUCAGGCAUUGGAUGGCUUCCUGUUUGUGGUGAAUCGUGAUGGAAACAUUGUAUUUGUGUCAGAAAAUGUUACACAGUACCUGCAAUAUAAGCAAGAGGACCUGGUUAACACAAGUGUCUAUAGUAUCUUGCAUGAAGAAGACAGAAAGGAUUUUCUUAAAAACUUACCAAAAUCUACAGUUAAUGGAGUUACUUGGACAAAUGAGACCCAGAGACAAAAAAGCCAUACAUUUAAUUGCCGUAUGUUGAUGAAAACACCUCAUGACAUCCUGGAAGAUAUAAAUACGAGUCCUGAACUACGCCAGAGAUAUGAAACAAUGCAGUGCUUUGCUCUGUCUCAGCCGAGAGCUAUGAUGGAAGAAGGGGAAGACUUGCAGUCCUGCAUGAUUUGUGUGGCACGGCGCAUCACCACAGGAGAAAGAACAUUUCCAUCAAACCCUGAGAGCUUUAUCACUAGACAUGAUCUUUCAGGUAAAGUUGUCAAUAUAGAUACAAAUUCACUGAGAUCCUCCAUGAGGCCAGGCUUUGAAGAUAUCAUCCGCAGGUGUAUUCAGAGAUUUUUUAGUCUUAAUGAUGGGCAGUCAUGGUCCCAGAAACGGCACUAUCAAGAAGCCUAUAUACAUGGCCAUGCAGAAACCCCAGUGUAUCGGUUCUCUUUGGCAGAUGGAACCAUAGUAUCUGCACAAACAAAAAGUAAACUCUUCCGAAAUCCUGUAACAAACGAUCGUCAUGGCUUUGUCUCAACCCAUUUUCUUCAGCGGGAACAGAAUGGGUAUAGACCAAAUCCUAAUCCUGUGGGACAAGGCAUUAGACCUCCAGCACCUGGGUGCAGCAAUUCAGUAGGUGGCAUGAACGUGUCACCAAACCAAGGCUUUCAGAUGCUGAACAAUAGGACAUAUGGCUUGAACGAUCCCAGUACUGCUGGGCAGAUGAGUGGAACUAGGUAUGGAACUUCCAGUAACAUCACUUCAAUGAAUGCUGGACCAGGCAUGCAGUCUCCAUCCUCCUACCAGAAUAACAACUAUGGUCUGAACAUGAGCAGCCCCCCGCACGGGAGUCCUGGUCUUGGCUCCAACCAGCAGAAUAUCAUGAUUUCUCCACGAAAUCGUGGGAGUCCAAAGAUGGCUUCACAUCAGUUUUCUCCUGUUGCAGGUGUGAAUUCUCCCAUGGGAUCUUCUAACAAUACUGGGAACCUCAGCUUUUCUAGCAGUUCUCUCAGUGCCCUUCAAGCUAUCAGUGAGGGUGUGGGGACUUCUCUUUUAUCCACUCUGUCUUCACCUGGUCCCAAAUUGGACAACUCUCCCAAUAUGACUAUUAACCAACCAAGUAAAGUAAAUAGUCAGGAUUCUAAGAGUCCCUUAGGCUUAUAUUGUGACCAGAAUCCAGUGGAAAGUUCAUUGUGCCCAUCUAAUAAUAACAGGGAUCUCAGUGACAAAGAAAGUAAGGAGAGCAGUGUCGAAGGGUCUGAGACUCAGAGGGGUCCUCUGGAAAGCAAAGGCCAUAAAAAAUUACUGCAGUUACUAACCUGUUCUUCUGAUGAGCGAGGUCACUCCUCCCUGACCAACUCUCCCUUGGAUUCAAGUUGUAAAGACUCUUCCAUUAGUGUCACCAGCCCCUCUGGUGUCUCCUCUUCAACAUCUGGAGGUGUGUCUUCCACUUCCAAUAUGCAUGGGUCACUGCUGCAGGAGAAGCACCGGAUUUUGCACAAGUUGCUGCAGAAUGGGAAUUCACCCGCUGAGGUAGCUAAGAUCACAGCAGAAGCCACUGGGAAGGACACCAGCAGUAGUAGUACAGCAUCUUGUGCGGAUGGAACUGUCAAGCAGGAGCAAUUAAGUCCUAAGAAGAAGGAAAAUAAUGCUCUGCUUAGGUAUUUGCUGGACCGGGAUGACCCUAGUGACACACUGUCAAAAGAGCUUCAGCCCAAAGUGGAAGCUCUGGAUAGUAAGCCAGUUUUGUGCAGCAGCUCCUCCCUUCCCAGCUCAAGUCAAGAGAAAGACUCUAAAAUUAAGACAGAAACACAUGAAGAGGGACCUGGAGACUUGGAUAAUCUAGAUGCUAUUCUUGGUGAUCUGACUAGUGCUGACUUUUACAAUAAUUCUAUACCCACAAAUGGUAGUAAUCUGGGAACCAAGCAACAGAUGUUUCAAGGAACUAAUUCUCUGGGUUUGAGGAGUUCCCCAUCUGUGCAGCCCAUUCGUCCUCCUUAUAACCGAGCAGCAUCUCUCGAAAGUCCUGUUACUGUUGGUUCUAGCCCUCCAAUAAAGAACAUGAAUGCUUUCUCCAUGUUACCAAAGCAAACCAUGUUGGGUGGGAAUCCACGAAUGAUGGAUAGUCAGGACAAUUAUGUCUCAAAUAUGGGUGGACCAAACAGAAAUAUGACCAUGAAUCAGACUCCGUCCUCAGGAGAGUGGGGAUUACCAAACUCGAAGACCAGCAGACUAGAAUCUAUGAGUUCAAAUUCCAUGGGAAGACCAGCAGCAGAUUAUAAUUUACCCAGGCCUUCUUUGGGGGGUUCAAUGCCCACCCUGCCCCUUCGGUCCAAUAGCAUCCCAGGUGCAAGACCAAUGUUACAACACCAACAGCAACACCAGCACCAACAGCAACACCAGCACCAACAGCAACACCAGCAGCAGCAGCAGCACCACCACCAACAGCAGCAGCAGCAACAGCAGAUGCUUCAAAUGCGGCCUGGUGAAAUUCCCAUGGGAAUGGGGGUCAGUCCGUAUGGCCAAGUAGCACCAUCUAACCAACCAGGUUCUUGGCCAGACGGCAUGUUGUCCAUGGAGCAAGGCCUUCAUGGGACUCAGAACCGACCACUUCUUAGGAAUUCGUUGGAUGACUUGCUUGGCCCACCUUCUAACUUGGAAGGCCAGAGUGAUGAAAGGGCAUUGUUAGAUCAACUACACACUCUUCUGAGCAACACAGAUGCCACAGGGUUAGAGGAAAUUGACAGAGCUUUGGGCAUACCUGAACUUGUAAAUCAAGGACAAGCUUUGGAACCCAAACAGGAUGUUUUCCAAGGUCAAGAUGCAACAGUACUAAUGGAUCAAAAGGCAGCAUUAUAUGGGCAGACGUACCCAACACAGGGGCCUCCCAUGCAAGGAGGCUUUAAUCUUCAGGGACAAUCACCGUCUUUUAACUCGAUGAUGAAUCAGAUGAACCAGCAAGGCAAUUUCCCUCUCCAGGGAAUGCACCCUAGGGCCAAUAUCAUGAGACCACGGACCAACACCCCCAAACAACUUCGAAUGCAGCUUCAGCAGAGGCUGCAGGGCCAGCAGUUUUUGAAUCAGAGCCGUCAGGCCCUUGAGAUGAAAAUGGAGAACCCCACUGCUGGUGGAGCUGCAGUCAUGAGGCCCAUUAUGCAGCCUCAGGCCAAUUCCCAGCAGGGCUUUCUGAAUGCUCAGAUGGUUGCCCAGCGCAGCAGAGAGCUGAUCAAUCAUCACAUCCGACAGCAGAGGGUGGCAAUGAUGAUGCAGCAGCAGCAGCAGCAACAACAACAGCAGCAGCAGCAACAGCAGCAGACACAGGCCUUCAGCCCACCACCUAAUGUGACUGCGUCCCCCAGCAUGGAUGGCGUUUUGGCAGGACCUGCAAUGCCACAAGCUCCACCCCAGCAGUUUCCAUAUCCACCGAAUUAUGGGAUGGGACAACAACCAGAUCCAGGCUUUGGUCGAGUAUCGAGUCCUCCCAAUGCAAUGAUGUCAUCAAGAAUGGGCCCUUCCCAGAACCCUAUGAUGCAGCAUCCUCAGGCAGCACCGAUGUAUCAGUCCUCAGAAAUGAAGGGCUGGCCUUCAGGAAACAUGGCUAGGAACAGCUCUGUUCACAGCUCCUUCUCCCAGCAGCAGUUUGCCCACCAGGGGACUCCUGCGGCAUACAGCAUGGUGCAUAUGAAUGGCAGCAACGGGCCCCUGGCACAGAUGAACAUGAGUUCCAUGGCCAUGUCCGGCGUGCCUAUGCCCCCUGAUCAGAAAUACUGCUGACAUUUCCACAUGAGGAACUACAGGGAAAUCACUGUACAGAUGACACUGCACCAGGAUUAUCAGGAAGAAUCAUUGUUCCAGAUACUCGUCAUUGAAGAAAGGAACAGCUUUGCUGUCUGUUAAGGGUAGUCCAAGGGAUGUCACUUGAGCAGGAAUGAAAGUGAAGCUGAAGCGCAGUAUCUACCUGUGUCUCAUGGUGUUCGAAUCAGAACUAGUUUCAGCAUUCCGCCUCUUACGGAUGUGAUUCUGGAUGGUUAGUGUUUUACUAAUCACAAAACUUCUCUGUCACUUCUUUGUGCUUGGCUAUCCAGUUUUUCAAAUAAAUGUAAGUGGGCCAGAGGACAUCAGAGAAAUCAAGAGAUGAAAAUGUUUUCUCUAGUUGUCAUAUUGGACGAAGGACUUAGUCCUGGCCUCCUUUCUUUGUUUGUGUCACUAUCAAGUAGCUCUGUGUUGUCCCUCUGUUUUGUGGAUUUGACAAUUCUGAGCUCUCCUUUUAUGAUAGUGUCCAGUUGCUCUGUCACUGUUUUUGGUGGUUUGGGACUUUCUCUUAACUAGGAUUUUCAUCUGCAACUAAUGCCCUGUAAUACUUCACUUCCAGGAAUUGUUCUUGCUGUAAAUGUCUGGUAGAAGGGAAAACAAGUUGACAGUAUUUAAUUGCAGCAGUAGCCAUUUUUUUUCACAAGCUAAUGUGCAGAUGAGUGCACUUUAUUUAAAAAGUAGUGGAUAAAUGCAAUAUUCAGAGGUCUUGAGGAAUGGCGAACCACAUUCCUGAUUUUUGUCUAUUGAAUCUUGGACAAGAACUGCUUUGUUGUUAUUGAAAGUACUGAUGUCACCCUUUGCCUAUAUGGUAGAGCAAUAAUGCUUUUUGAAAAUAAACUGCAGAAAACCCAAGGCCAGGUACUGCAUUCUGAAUCAGAAUUCCGCAGUGUUUCUGUGAAUAGUUUUCUUUUGUAAAUAGGACCAUUAAGAUAUUGAAUUAUGUAAAAUAUGUACAUUCCUUUUUUGGGGGGUCACAGCAACUCAUUUUUAGAGUUUGUGAAGUUGAGUAUUUACUAUAGUUGAUUUCAGUAAGCUCAACAUUGGUGUGAGGUUAUAAACAUAAUGACAUCCUUGGAUUUUGGGGUCUAGGGGAGGGGACAGGGGUCUACAGCUUUCUUCCUCCCCAAUCUUAGAUGCCUAGCUCUUUUCAAU